GCUGGCUUCUGAACGUACCCAAACAGAACUGCAACUUUUUAUCCCGCGCCCCCCAUACAAACCCAUCUAAAAGUGUAGCCUGGUCAAACCAAUACAUUCAUCAUCCAUCCCUCAGGCAGAGAUCGGUUUGUUCUCAUCAGACAUAUCCAACAACUCUUGAUAUUGACAAAGAAAAGGCCUUUCUAUUAUCACCUGGAACUCACCCCUGGGUCCGCAGCAAACAUCCAACCUGUUGUUGCCCCGCCCUCAUCAUCACCUCUCACCAUUUCCUCAGUUGGCAGUGAAAUGGAGAGCGCCUACAUUUCACUCCUAUUCUACAAACCACAAUUCAUUCUCUGAAUGUGUUGAUCGCCCAGAACACAGUCUGUUUCCAUUUUAGACGGUAUCCGCAUUAACCAUCUGGGCGGUUUGCCUUGUGGUGGCCUUCUACUUACAGCCGUGCCAAGAACUCUCACCACCUGAAUUCACUGACUACUCAGUCUUGUUGACGUGGUAUUUUGCCCUUGCCUUGAUCAACGCGAGCAGUCCAGAUGCCGAUGCUCUAAAAUGUCGUCCUCCAUGACCGACUCAUCGACACGCAACCGCAGUGACUCAAGUGGAGGAUCUGAGUUGCCCGAGCAUGAGCACAAGCGUCCCAGGCUGAGUGAUACGGAUCCCGAUGAGACACAUGUCAUGUCAGAUCUACAACACAUUGACACCCAUCCUGCGCCUUCCAUACCGGUCCCGAAGACUGAUACCGAGGAAGGAGUCCAACCAGUCACUCCUGCUGUUACACUGUCACCGACUAGCAAAGUGACGAUUAAUACUCGUCCACUAUCUGCUCAGUCUCCCACACCGGCUGGUGCAGGAAACAUGGUCUCAACUUCACCCGUCGCGGAAGAUCAGGGCCUCAAAUCCACUGCGGUUGAGACGUCCGAUCCCCGAGAAACGAUCUCCAUCCCUUCGUCAGGAAGCAAGAGCCCUGAAAUCGAGAUUGCCGAGGUCGAAGAUUUCGAUCAGGAUCCUGCACAGACGAGAUGGACUGGUAGGGUUGGGGGUAAUUCUCAAGCGUCGACGAUCGGAACCAUCCAGCCUGGACAUGUGUUUCGCACAUUUCCUUUUGCGCAAGAGGUCGCCCCAAGUGGGGCCCACCGUUUGAUCAGCAGAAUGGCGGAGCGGUUCCGGACUGCCGGACCGCAGGACGGAGACAUAUUUCGCCAGGUCAAGAAUUGGAUGGUCGAUUUUUGCUCCAGAUGCGAUGAAUUCCCGGCGCGACUUCUGGAAGAAGAACGAGAAUUCUGGCUUCGACUUCCGGAACUCGUCGACUUUUUGCUACAACGUGAAGCGGGACCACCGGCGCAGGCGCAACUCGAAGAUCUGGUCGAUUUCUUUGUCGCAUAUGGCCAAAUCACGAAACUACUGAUCGACUACGACACUCGUAACUUGCGGGCGUUCCCCGAAGAUGCAGACUUGCGACAGCUCAAGAGUCUGACCUUGGCUUGUGGAAAAUACCUGGGUCCACUAAUUGCACUUUCUCAAUUGGACAAAGCGCCCUUUUAUGAGGCCCUCAAAACAACGCUCAACUUUCAGGUAUCACAGUUUCUCACACGCGUGAUUGAUCGGCUUGGAGACCCUUCAGAAAAGCCAAUAUUGCCGUCAAUAACAGAGCUCCUACCCGAACUGGUCACAAUGCUAUCUAAACGACCUGACUGGUUCAAACAUCUUGCAUCCCUAUUGGCAUUGACAUCGAAUCUCAUGGGCCCUCUGACUAGGACUGUCCACGGAGACCAAGGCUAUGUGUACUCCGCAUUUUCACAUCUCGAUGCCAUCCGCAAUGAUGCCGCAGAGCUUGUGUUGAAGGCCGACAAUCUUCUUCAGCACGUCAUUGUAAAGCAGGCUCCUUGGCUGAACCUCGAAAACGCCCGCAAGAUCCUCGAGCUGCUGAAUCCGCUGGUGGCAAGCAUAGCUGUCGAAGUUCCAGCAAUCGGCCAGGAUAUCAUCUCGUCGGCUGGCGUUGGCUUCGUUGAUUCCGAUCUUACCGAUCUCCCAGUCACGAUGCCUUAUGCUUGGAAAUUCAAGACGUUGAGAAAGUUGAUCAUCAAUGGGCGGAUGGAACUUCGUGUGUUUGGUGUGGAUGGCAUGGCGAACGAUCUCGUGCAGAUCUACAGAGAUUAUAUUUUCUCAACGCCGCCUCCCUACACGUCGCUUCCGCUAGUACAGUUCGCGGUCAAAUUCAUCCAGGAAAACCAGCUUGUCAACUACAUUGUCGGUGUGGACUCGCAUCCACAAAUCAUUCGCCGGGCUGCUAACAUCGUCGGGUUUCUUUCUGUCUCAAAAACAUACAGUGACGAGCACACCGACAUAAUCUGGAAAACAAUCACUGGUAGUGAAGAUCCUGGGACUGUGCACGAAGUGUUCGGUCUUUUACAGCAGUGUUUCCACGUCUAUGACCCACAGGCCCUCCUGUACAUCUGCCAUAAGCUCCUGGACUACCCAUUUCAGCGCUUCGAUCGUCACGCUCUUGAUUUCACCAUCUCGCUUCUUGACCACAUCAAAGCCAGUGCUCCUGUGGCACCAGCGAAUGGGUCGACGGUCGCCACCAACCCUGUUAGCCGUCGCUUGUGUAUUCGACUCCUACGAGACGCAUCAAGAGAUGAGAAUAUCCUAGCUGAACACGCGGCCCGCAUACGAGCAGAGUUUCCUGCACAGGUGCUGAUCCAUUUGUCGUUGGGUAGAAACGAUAUCCCGAAUAUCACCAUUGACGAAGAUGAAUUGAGCGAUAUCAUCGGUCAAGCUGCAACCAAUAUCCGGGCUCACAAUGCCGAAUCUACUGGCGACAUACAAGUCCUGACCUGCCUGUUGCAAGCCUACGCCAAUCCCGCAGUUGCAAGAUUAGCGGAGGAUUUCCAACUGUCUACCCUCCUGGUCGAAGAUUUCGCCCACUUGUACGAGCGGUAUUGUGCUGCGAGGGCGCGAAAUGAAUCGCUGUCAUCCUUUGAGGUGAUGUACGAUAUCCGAUGUACCUGUUUGCAGUUUUUCAUCGGCAUGGCUCCGGAGUCGUUCAAUGAGGACUUGAUCGGAUCCCUGUGGUCCUCUCUUUUCACAGCCAAAGAACUUCCGGUUUCCAUCCGCGAGAGGGCCUGGGAGACUCUGAACCGGUCCAUUCAAUACGCUCAUGGUGGCCCGAAUAAUCCAUUUCUCGACAUCAUCAUUGAUAAACAUCUGCAGAGCCUGGCACCGCAAGACUACAGCGAAAGAGUGCUGGCUUUCUUCAAAUCGUCUGUUGACUAUACCUGUCAACGUUUCCCUCAAGCCUCUCCGGAGUCGGACGAUGUCAUCGUCAUACCGGGAAUUGAAAGACUAUGGAAGAUCAUGCUCGAAGCACCUCCCAAUACCGUCGAGGAUAACGCCACGGGCUUCAUCAUUAAACAAUAUCUCGACCAUCCCCUAAUUACGGGACGCUCCAAGACGGCGAUUAAUGCAACGCAUUCCUCCCUCGUUGAUCGUUGCGUCCAACAGGUGAUAGCAUCUGCAUCGAAGCUGAAGUCAUACUGUGGCGGCAGUAAUGGUGGUGAGGAUGAGCCAAUGUCGAUCAUUGCAUCUGAGCAAGAAAUUCAUGCUGAAGAAUUGAGGUUCGACCGGUCGCUUCUGUUCCUAAGGAAGUUCCUCGAGGGCAUCAAGUCAAGACCACGUUACAGUCCGCUUGUGAGGCAAAUUCAGACCACACUUCCAGACUUUCCGGACCGAAAGGGCGACAAGAUGGACCUCACAGCCCAGAUCCAUGGGAGCAAAUAUGUUACUGAGGCUGUGCACAAGAUAACUGUGGGAGCCGAGAACACUGGAGACGAGCUCUUCAAGUAUCUCUCUGACGCUAGUGGCUUCACACAGUUUACCGUUUAUCACUAUGGACAUGGGGUUCCUCUGGCUGGCCAGACCUCGACUCUAUCUGAGUUGCAGCUUUCGACGGGACUUAUGUUAAUCAAGAAAGCCGCCGAUAGUAUGGAAACCGUGCCUAGGCGCUCAGUUCGUGCAACCUCACCUGUUGACAACAAAAUCAUGCGCCAUUUCGAUGAUCUUUACGACCUUCUUGACGCAGACGAACGCCUCUCUCGGGAAGUCUAUGGCUUUCUGACCCUUUUUUCGGCACAAAAUGAAGUAGUGCGCAUCGUCCGAUCACAGGAGAAGUCACCUAAAGAUCUCUUGCCACCCAACAGACCUUUCAAGCUUCUGUAUUGCGCUACAGCGAUGAGAUCCUGCAUCGAGGAUGAAUCCUACAGUCCAAGCCCAGAUACCCAGUUUCUUACUUACAGCGUCCGGACCAUUGUGGCUGUUCUAUCGGAACUCGACCUGAACGAUGCCAACGAUGGGCUGCAGAUGUCAAUUGCCCACGGAUUGGUCGAAGCACUCUCUUUGGCGUUGCGAGCCAAGGUUUCACAGGAGGUCUCACGUGGAUACAUUGAGAACCACGGAGAGUUCGCAGUCCAAAUGUUGAGGCUGCUGCGCUUCUCCUUGAAGAACUCAACUAAUCUCGGUGAAGAACUAUCCCCUGCGGCCAUGGUGAAGCUGGUAAUGGAGACCUUGAUCGAUGCAUGCCUCCACGAUGACCGCCUCUGGACCCACCUCGAAGCUGCCGAGACUAACUUCCGCCACUUGGUAUUGGAUGCAUUCGUCAACGAUGCCCGUUCUGCAGUACGACACUCGCUUCUAGAGGUUGUCAUAGGCUUGACUGGAGGUGCUGGCUCCAAAUUGCAGCUCAAAAUAAACAACCCGAGAGCACCAAGAUCGCGAUUUCCGCCAGAGGUCAUCGAAGGAUGUCUGUCUCAUAUCUGGGAAGUGCUAGUUGGUAUUCUACCAGAUGCUUGCCAGCAACCUCAGCAAUGCUCAGACAUAUGUGAGACGAUGCUUUCCAUCUUGAGGAGGAUCGGCAAGUCUUUCUCCGUGCCAAACCUACGACGAUACUUCGAUCAGUGGAGUUCAAUCAUGGUCAAGCACAAUCAUGUGGAGGUUGUAGGCCAGCCACUGCUGGAUCACGUCGUGGCAAGUCUUACCAAACUUCUGCUUGAGUGCUCAAGGUACUUGAAAACCGCGAAUGCACUGCCGGCGAGUAGCGACAUCAUCGAUGAUGUUAUCUCUCGAUUUCUCUUCCCCCCACUAUCGGAGGACAUGUCGGCAACCGAAAGCACUAUCAAAGUUCCGGUCCUAGACAUCACUGUGAGGGAAAGUUUGUACAGCCUCGUGCUCACACUCUCUCAGGCACCUCAAGACAUUGCAACGGUGGUCACCAGAUUGAGCGAUGAUCUACUGCCCCGCGACUUCUUCGACCCAAAUUUUGGAAAUGAGCGACAGUGCCUCCGUUCAGAAGUCGGAUACGCCGGUCUCCGAAAUCUUGCCAACACGUGCUACCUCAAUUCUCUCUUUUCGCAACUUUUCAUGAAUGUCGAGUUUCGCGAUUUUCUCCUGAAUGGUGCCCAAUCGUCUGGUACCAAGCACAAGUUGGUCGUGGAACUUGCAAAGGUGUUUGCUCAUAUGCAAAACUCGUACGAGAGAAGCAUUGAUCCAUCUGGGGCCGUGGAUGCGAUCACAACCUACGACGGGGAACACAUCGAUGUUAUGGUGCAAAUGGAUGUGGACGAGUUCUUCAACCUACUGUUUGACCGCUUAGAGGGGCAGAUUAGCCCUGAGGCCAGAAAUGUCUUCAAAUCCAUAUAUGGUGGGCAGUUGGUUCAGCAAAUCAAAUCCAAGGAGUGCGAGCACAUCUCAGAAAGACUGGAGCCGUUUUCGGCGGUUCAAGUGGAGAUCAAAGGCAAAGCACGGCUGGAAGAUAGCCUUCGUGCAUAUGUUGAGGGGGAGGUCCUACAAGGCGAGAACAAAUACUCCUGCACUUCUUGUGGACGCCAUGUGGAUGCAGUCAAGCGAGCUUGUCUCAAAGAUGUCCCAGACAAUCUCAUCUUCAACCUCAAACGCUUUGACUACGAUAUCAUGAGCGGAAACCGAGCCAAGAUCAACGACGAAUUCCAGUUUCCUGAAACUCUCGACAUUGCUCCGUACACGCUGACAAGACUUAUGCAUCCCGACACGCCUGGCGAGUCGGAUCAAUUCCAUCUCACGGGUGUCAUCGUCCAUUCGGGUACCGCAGAUUCGGGGCAUUACUAUUCUUUCAUCCGCCAACGACCAUCCCCCAAGCCGGUCCGGGACUCUUGGGUGCAGUUCAAUGAUCAUGACGUUGGUCUCUUUGACCCGAGUCAGCUGCGGGAGACAUGUUUUGGUGGAUCUACGGAUAUCCCCUACUAUCAGUCGCAGAAGCUCAACAGCGCAUAUAUGCUAUUUUACCAGCGAUCCUCGAGCAUCCGGCGUGUUGAGGAGAAGUACCCUCAACAUGAUCUUCUCAACCCUGUGCGCAUCCCUUUGUCACUGGACAUGGAGCAAUACAUUGCCCAGCGCAACGAGUUAUUUCUGAGGUCCUAUUGCGCCCAGGAUGGCUCGCACGCACAAUUCAUCGCCCGAUUGUUGGAGCGAAUGCGGGUGGGGGCUGAGGCCUGUAGUGAAGAUCAUACUCUCGAGUCCAGUACGAUCGAAAUGGCCUUGGAGUAUAUUCGGCAGGUUUCGAGUCGUUGGAAGGAAUGUCCCGCUCUUGAAGAGACCAUGAAAAUCCUCCAUGCGAACUCUGAAAAGUGUGUGGAUUGUGCCACCACCAUUGCACAGUGGUUUGCUGUUAACCGAGUGCUCGAGGACGUCAUUGUCCGAAACCCGUACCCUUUCGUCCGAAAGUCUUUUGUCCAACUCUUCUCCAGCGUAUUCAAUCGUCUUCGCUUGGCGAAGGAAGACAUGAAUGCCACCGAUGAAGACUGUGCUCAGUUGACGGCAGACUACGGCAGAUCACUCAUUGCUUGUGUCACUCAUCUGGCCGAUUCAUGGGACCUGGUGUCAAGAAGCGGUCGGUGCUGGGGCGAAUACUUCGGCCUCCUGAACAACAUACUGAGCUUGGGGGAUGAGGAGGCGGUGGUCGUUCUUGAAGAGGACUAUCUGGAGAAAUGCAUCGACAUCAUCAUGAUACAUAUCAACAACCCCACGGACUAUCCGGUGUCUAGAAGACUUAGGUCGCGGUACGCCGCGUACCUUAUGGCUCGUGAGAGGCAUCGACCGUUCAACCAUGGAGCUCUUAUUCUGUUCCUGGUGAACAUGUUGCUACGAAUGGACCUACAUCACAUGCCAGAAGGUGAUUAUCGCGUUAACGACAAGGAGAUCGGCCUGACUCUACGUGAGUUUGACCUUCUGGGUCUGGCCCAGGUUCCUUUCAACAUGGAAUGGCUCCGACGUCUCAUUGCGGGUCGUCACCAUCCCGAGGCGGCCAACAGUCUCGUGGAGUAUCUGGCUCGGGACCGAAGACUUGCUGGCAGUGUUGCCGAGAUUCUACUCAAGGGGCUGAACGACCAGAUGAUCAACAAUGCUGUCGCCUUUCUUCGACCAGUCCUGACCUUCUGCGAGAAUUGUCAAUCGGAGAACCAGAUUAUCGAUCUUGUGCAACCGGCGCUGGACAGUAUCAAUUCCAUCACCCUGGACUAUGCUAGGGAAUAUUUCACUUUUGUCGACGCCUUGCUGAAGGUCGAAAACGAGAACAUUGGUGCCGGUGCUGGUUUUACUGAAAAUCUGGUUCGGCAAAUGAUUCCACACUGGGCGCCGAUUUUUCUUCUUGCACCCACCGAUAGCCAUGGCAACAUUCGAAGCGACACAGUGGAUUUGCUCAAACAACUUUUGUUCGGGCCUCUACGAGCCUCUGAGCAUCAAGACCCGCGGACCAAUCGAGUUCUUCGGAUGAUCUGUCGGGAUCUUGCAUCGGCUGCCCACACUACUGCUCAACUGACCUUUCUCAAUCCUCGAACCCGGGAGUGUUCAACGCUGCAGCCUGGUCAGGCCAAUCAAUUCUUGGACGUGGUCGAACAUUGUUUGGACAUGUUUGACCUGGAAGACGCAAACCAGGAGGAGAGAGCGAGCGAGAUACAAGUCACAUUGGCCGCUUUAAGAGUCAAGGCAGAGACUGCCAUGGAAACGUUGAGUUCUGCAGACUGGCAGGACAACAGCAGCGAAAUGGCCGAACUCAGUGGGGAUGACUAUGAGGAUGUCGGCAGUCCAUGAAUGUAGGGAGCGUGGUCUGGUCACAAGGGCCCGCUUGAAGACUUUGGGUUCUGGGGAAAGUCUUGCAUCAGGUUUCGUUGCGUGCAUGGGGAAGCAAAUGGGAUUCCUUCUUGAGCAUGGAAACACGGCGUUGGCGGAUGAUUCAGUUUGGGACAUGGAGAACACAAACUAAUAUCGACAAUGAUAUGACGGACAGACGACGUGCAUGGACGACGAGGCGCAAUGCAGAGACACAGGCGUUUUUCCUUUUCGGCGUACUUUUGUUUCCUCUUCUUUUUAUUGGCCGUCGGCGGCAUGGACGACCAGACCACGACAGGGCUGGGUUAGCACUGGCGAAUGGUGACCUGCUUGUAGAGGCAGGGGGGAUGUGUUUGUUGUUGGAUUGGCGACGAUGUGGUUCAAAUGGCGCUGUGCAGUGGCCGAACUGACCGAAACGGGGGCGCUUUGCUGAUACGACUGAAUGAUUACCGAGACGAAAAAGGACGAGAAAAGUCCCGCCACGAAGCAGUGCAAUGGAAUGGAUAGAUUCUUUAGCACUCGACUACUACUAGUAAUUGAAGCAUGUCAGAUUAAUUUUGGUGUUUCGUGAAGCGUGAAUCUUGUACUUGGUCGUUUGAUUCAUUUUGGCAGUGGAGAAGACGAUGGAUAGGUUGAUUGUUGUUUUUAAUUAAACGUACAAGGGAGGGCCUUGGUGCUGUCCAUUGAUUGAUACAGUAUAUGCAACGCCGUUAUGGAGAUUAUGGA